AUGAACACCAUAGUGGUAACCCAGCAGCCGCCGCGCAGACGGAUGCUGAUCGGAUCCGUCGAUGGCCACAGGGAUUGGAAUAGCGGGAUAUGUGCUUGCUUCGCCGAUUCCAAACCAUUGACGAUGACGUACUGCUGCCUGGCGUGCGUAGUCUGUGACAUCUCGAACCGGAUGGGAGAAUGUUUGUUUGUGCCCUGGUUUGUCCCCUUGGGUUUAAUUGCUCUCAGGGCUAGAAUAAGGACGCUUGGAGGUAUCAGGGGAUCCAUCUGCGGCGACUCCAUUGUGUUGUCGUGCUGUCCUCUAUGUGCCAUUUGUCAGAUGCAGAGAGAACUUGAAGCUAUGGGCCUCUAAAUUGACCAGCAAUCCGAGCCAUUCAUGUUAGUGAUAUGAUCUGGAAGAGAUAUCAUAAUGAUCAUGUUUCUCGCACAUAAAAAAGAGCAUGAAUGUUUUAGUUUUGUAAUCGGAGAACUUUUGUAUAAUUUAAAAGAAUGUCUGUAUCUGUGUUUAUUACAUAAAAUGUAAAAAGACA